AUGUUGAAUGUGCGUGAAGGAAGUCAUAAACAGAUAAUGGAAAAUGCCGAAAUCAAUGCUCUGAUCAAGAUUAUCGGAUUGCAGUACCGUUUGAAAUAUGAUAAAGAUGAGGAUCUAAAAAGUCUCAGAUAUGGCAAAAUCAUGGAUCAGGAUGGCUCACACAUCAAGGGGCUCGUGAUCAACUUCAUUCACUAUAAUUGGCCAGUAUUAAUUCGCCGAAACUUCGUGGAAGAAUUUAUCACUCCCAUUGUUAAGGCCAGCAAAGGUAAAGAAUCAAUUUCAUUCUUUUCGUUGCCGGAAUAUACUGAAUGGCGGAAUAAUACGGAGAACUGGAAAUCCUAUCGCAUAAAGUACUACAAAGGUUUGGGCACUUCGACAUCGAAGGAAGCCAAAGAGUAUUUCACCGAUAUGGCGCGUCAUCGAAUUCGUUUUCGUUAUUCCGGUGAGGAGGACGAUAAUUCGUUGGAUAUGGCAUUUAGUAAGAAAAAGAUCGAAGAUCGCAAAGUGUGGCUUACAAACUGGAUGGCUGAGAAGAAACUGAGACGUGAGCAAGGUCUCACCGAAGAGUACCUCUAUGACAAGGAUACACGUGCUGUUUCGUUCAAAGAUUUCGUCAACAAGGAAUUAGUAUUGUUUUCGAAUACGGACAACGAGCGAUCCAUCCCAAGUUUGGUCGAUGGACUGAAACCCGGCCAGCGUAAGGUUCGUUAA